CACCAAAAACCUUGACAUUUUCCGUGGCAUUGAUGGACCCUUGCGAAAAGCAGGCCAUGCAUCAGCAACCACCCGAAAUCAGCGGUUGGCUUAUUAAAAAGAGACGCAAGCGAUUGCAAGGUAAAUAGAUCCGUCCCUCCUAUUAUGAAAAGCCGCAGAGUUAACUUGCAACAAUGACUGUUGACGAUGCCUCUAGGUUGGGCAAAACGAUGGUUUCAAUUAUCUUCUACUGGCGUCCUUUCCUACUCGACACAGCCGAACAACGUCACGCGUGGAGCGGUUCAGAUCUUGAUCGCGACUGUCUCGUUAAACCCUCAACAAAAUAUGAUUCACAUCGAUACAGGUACCAUGAUAUGGCAUUUGCGCACACUCAAUAAGGAAGACUACAACAUGUGGACAUCUGCCUUGAGCGAUCCAGCGCGCAAACAUCAUGCCACCGAAGCCGCCGCUGAGGAACCCACAAGCCUCAAUGAUACUCAAUAUUUGCAUACCCGCAUCGCCGAAGGAGUGAAAACAGCCAAUAUUCUCUCCGGUCACAUCACGCAAUUCAUUGAUAACAUUACUGGCGUGUUGAGUGAAAUGACGAGUAAAGCUGUCGACGAUCCUGCGGCAUGGAGCAAGUUAGCUACGCAAGUACGACAGCAAAUGGAAAACGACAAAGAAGCUCUGUUGGGUUAUGCAAACGACAAUAACGAACAGUGGUCAUCCGUUCAGCGUUUGGUAACCGAAGGACAUGAAACAGAAGUGCCUUCUCAACCGCAUCGGGAUCCACCCAACGGUAUCAAUCCGCGUGUUCGAUCUCUGGCACAUCCCGUUUCGCCUUCCGCUCGAGUGUCUACAUACUCCACGGACCAAUUCUAUGAUGCUGAGGAGAUAUUGAUGUUGUCCAGUGACGAUGAGGAUUACGCUCCUGCAGAUACCGAUCGAUUGUCCGAGGGCUCCGAUAACGAUGAUGAUGACGACGACGACGACGCUAAAAGGAUGCCUCCGUUACCAGGAAAACUGAAUAGACAACGUUCAUCAGAUUUGUCAGAGGCGGAUCUUGAUGGUGAUCGACGGAAAACGCUGCCUUCGCCCUGUGUCGGGGAUGCGGCGUCAAUGAUUUCAGUUUUCCGAAAAAAUGUCGGCAAGGAUCUUUCUCAGAUUGCCAUGCCGGUUAGCAUGAAUGAACCUUUGAGCAUCCUUCAGCGAGCUUGCGAAGAGCUCGAAUAUUCUGAACUACUGGACAAGGCAGCGUCCCUUCCGGAUUCCCUUGAACGACUCAUGUACGUCUCAGCGUUUAUCGUCUCUUCCUAUGCAUCAAGUCAGUACCGUACAGGUCGCAAACCAUUCAAUCCAAUGCUCGGGGAGACCUACGAAAAUAUCCGACCUGACAAGGGAUUUCGGUUCAUUGCUGAAAAGGUGUGCCAUCGUCCGCUAAUGAUUGCGGCGUAUGCCGAGUCAAAGAGCUUUAAGUACUGGCAAUGCAGCAAGUUAAAAAGCAAAUUCUGGGGCAAAUCAAUGGAAUUUAUCAACGAGGGCACGUUUCACAUUGCCCUGACCCCUAAUGAUGACCAUUUUACGUUCACCAAACCGUCAAGCUGGAUGCGGAAUAUGCUUGCUGGCGAAAAAUACCUGGAGCAUGUGGGCGAAAUCAAGGUGGAAAACCAUACCACUGGCGAAUAUGCCAUCAUAUCAUUCAAGGAAGGCACAGGAGGCGGUCUUUUUGGUACGCCAACCAAACGUAACGGCGUAACCAUCUUGGUUUAUGAUCAACAAGGACAUCAACAGCGGCGAAUUAUUGGCAAAUGGAGCGAAGCAUUGGCGGAAACCGCGGACGAGGACAACCAACAUUUAUCAGUGUUAUGGCGGGCCAGACCACCGAAUGUUGAGAAUUAUCAGGCUUAUUACGGACUCACACGAUUUGGUGUGGAACUCAAUGAAAUCACCAAUUUUGAAAAAGACAAGUUGCCUUGCACCGACACUCGUCUUCGCCCCGAUCAGCGGCUCCUCGAACAAGGUCAAAUGGAUGCGGCAGACCAGGAAAAACAGCGUAUCGAACAGAAACAACGAGAUAAGCGUAAAGAACUGGAAAGUAAAGGCAUGUCGAUUCAACCUCAAUGGUUCGAACUGCGCGAGGAUAAGUUCGAGAACCCGGAUCUAUUGAUGGAACUGGGCAUCCGUGGUCAAAGCUGGCAAUAUACCGGCCAGUAUUGGCCGACUCGGGAUUCCCAAGAAUGGCCAGACGACUUGCCCGAUCUUUGGUAACCUCAUCUUUUAUGCAUCUACGAUCUGUGAUUUCACCCUCCCCCAAGCCUUUUUUGUUAUAUUGUAUCUUUUGUAUUUAGCAUUUUUUCCGUUUUCGACACGUCAUGAAACGCUAUUCUGUAAUUCUCUUGCUUGUACGCUGCAUCGUGACACUAUCAUUGCGAUAGGUUUUUUUGAGAUAGACUCAUAGACACUUAAACAAGUAAAAAAUUAUUCAUCUUAACAA